AUGACAUCCUUUCCUGCAGCCUCGCCGCUGGUGUCAAGUGACAAAUCCAACAUGAGUCGUUUACCUUCGAUCUCUAGCCUCAUGUCUCCCCCAGAGGCCAAACCCUUCGAAUCCUUUCAAUCCACUCUUUCACCUCAUAAGAUGUCGCAGGACCCGUCGUAUUCAUCCCAUGAGAUGAAAAUCGCCCCCCUUUCCGUUGACCGCAAACGAACACAAUCAGAGAUGAACUUGCCGUCGCCUCCUGUCACCCCGUACACGGGGAAUAAAAAGCGCAAAUCCAGCAUUUCAGAGCAACCCGAUGGAGAUGCCUUGGUUGGUUCAUCGAGAGAUCCUGUCCUUUUCCCUAGACAUGAGUCCAUUUCGGAUAUCGCCACUGAUGAGCCGUUGUUUGGCCCCAUGCUACCAUCCUCCACCGAGGCAGUGAUGGAUGAGCAUAUCAAGUCCCACAUGGCAAGAUUCGGCAAUAAGCGCAAUAAACCAACGCACGAAGAGUAUCGGCUGGCACUUUCUUGUGUGCCGAUCGUGGUGUCACUGUACAAUCGCGAUCCAGUCCAGUAUGCCAGACAAGAAAGAGAGACGCUUGACCGUCAGUUGGCCAUGAUGAAUCGAGGUCCUCCCCAUGUCUUAGAUGGCGGAUUGAAAAGAAUCGCGCCAGCGCCAACAAAAAGGGUGGUUCCUGCUCAACCCCGUGUGCAACGGACGCCCAGAGUAAAGCGCACACCUAAGUCUACCCCGAAGCAGAGGGCUCUGGAUUCGUUUGACGUACAAUCGCCGAACUCCAAGCCAUCUCGUGCCAUCGGCACAAGCCGGGAUGACACAGAUUUUAAUUCCCUCAAAGACUUUUCGCCUUCCUCAGAAACCAUCGGCGCCGCUGGGAAAUCAUUAAAGGCAGACUGGAAAGGUCAAAUGUUAGACCUGAGUAAUGACCCAGAUCGGCCGUUGUUGGCUCAAAACGAACUCAGUUUGGCGGCGACUCUGAGACUUUCGUGUGCAAUAUAUCUCUCAAGCAAGCGCCGCAUCUUCGAGGCCCGUGUCAAAGCUUUGAAAAUUGGCAAGGAGUUCCGCAAGACAGACGCUCAACAAGCGUGCAAAAUCGAUGUCAAUAAAGCAAGCAAACUUUGGACUGCAUAUGAACGAGUUGGCCUCUUCGACACCAAACACUUUGAACAGUUUCUGAUGUGA